GGUAGUAGUACAGAUUAUUGAGGGGGGACGAGCCCUUGUGAGGGGUACCCUUUCACUCACUCCAACAUUCGCGACUUAUCCGGUCCCGAACCCAAUCGGACUUUGUUGGCUCAACUAGGCCUCAGGCCGGAGCAAGUGGAGCUUAUCCGUAAGGCACUGCUGCCUGCAGAAACGAUGUGGGACUCAACCCUUCGCUUUGUCGGUGGGCUGCGUCGCUUCUCGCUGCUCUUCGGUUUGCAGCCCAUGGUGCGUCGUGAAGCUGAGGCACUCAAGCAUGUGUCAAUGGCAUUGGAGAAGGUGCACCCACUGGAAUGGCGGGUGAAUGUGCCGGCCUACUUAAAGCAGGGCUCCCCGAACCUUUUCCGGCUGGAGGCAUCCAGGGUGAUGCCAUCACUUCUGCAAAUGUUCCAAGAUGUGCAGGGAUCCAUGCCGCACGCCAGUCAGGUUCUCGUUUGUUUUGGGUUGCCUGACAUGUGUGAAGAGGAGCAGCUUCGAUUGUUUUUGCUGCGGUGUAUGCUCAGCAACUCUCUCCAUGUGCUCCUGCUGCCGGAAUCUCUGAGUUACAAAGCUCAAGAAUACUUCACAUCUCUCUGGAGAUUUUUGGUCCAGGAGCUUCAGGCUUCAGCCGGACAAAAAAAGUACUUGCUGGCCCUGGUGGUAUCGCAGAGAAGUUGUUUGCUCUUGGACUUUUUCCGUGCAUAUCAGCAAGAUCCACCCCAGCUGCGAGUUGACCUUUUGCGUACACAAAUCCAAGAGCGCUGCACCAUCGUCUGGUCGCAGACGACCUGUGCAGGCAAGUCCACCUGGGUCAAGCACGAGCUGCAGGGGCGCCGUCUCACGCAUACCUCAGUCAGCCUCAACGAGCACACCAGUGAGCUCCAGCUGAUCACGCAACUCCAAAGCUGUUGCAGGUGGCGCAGGGGUGCGAUAGUGCUUUGUAUAUCACCCUUGGUGCAAGCCCUCUGGGUGGAUGUGGUGGUGUUCCGGUUGUUGGUCCUUCGGAGAUUGGUGCAUGAGGAUGGCACGCCGUUUCUGCUGGAUGCAUUGGAGAGACUUUAUCUAGAAGUGCCCAAUGUGUUGGAUGAGACCUCACCUUUCCGAAGUCUGGCCUUUUUCGAUUUGGCUGCACGGCACGAGGCUCGGAUGGAGCUGAAUACUGAUCAUGGCGACCUGCAACUGGCGUGCCGGUAUCUCCGAACCUGCCAUCAUGCAGUGCUUGGGAGGGUAAUGCAAGAACAUGUCGGCCGGGAAGAGUGUCGACACCUCUUGGAGCACUAUGGUCCAAGAACUGCGAGUGAUGUUUCGGCCAUCGGCACUUCACCAGUCUUGGUCAUUUAUUUUGCGCGCCUUCUGUGCCACCUCUUCGAACAUGCCAUGCCGCUGCUGCGGCGGUGGCAUCGUGGCCAGUCGGAUGUGGCAGUGAUCCAAUUUUUUACCAAGUCCAUAUGCGACCUCGCGGGGGAGCUGGCAUCCAGGCACCUCUUGAGGAAUUCCUUUCUCGACUGGCACUGCAACAUCUUGCAGAUCCCUGAAGAUCGAGGAAGAUCUUUUCCGCUCUUGUAUGACUGGGGGUUGCGGAUCGUUCUGAUCCCGCACCACGGAGAUCGUCCAAGCGGUUUUGAUGUCCAUGCUUCUGGGUUUGUCCCAGUGGUGCGGGCUGGGAGUUUGAAGUUCUUGAACCAGGCUGAGAAGAAGCUGUCAAGCAAGGUGGGCCUGGACAUCAAGCCCUACGCAGAGCUGAGAAGUGGGACGGUAGACACAGUUGGAGAGGGAGAGAUAUUGCUGAACAAGAUCUUUGGCAUGUGCGACAACACCCAGGCCCUCCUGCAGCACGUGAAUCAAGUACGCCGUGACCCGCGGCUUCUUCGCUUCGCCCUCACCGUCGACAACAUCCUGAAGAUGGUGGCGCUCUACCAUCGUGUCACUUCCGGCGUGCCCGUGGUGAUCAUGGGGGAGUCUGGCUGUGGCAAGAGUGCUGUGGUGUGCUUCCUUGCCAAGUUUUUGCGCCUCAGGGUCUUCACACUCGAUGUGCACGGUGGCCUGGAGGAAGAAGACAUUCUCAAGUUCAUGGAUGAGGCAAUCGCUGCAGCCUUUGGGCAGCCGAACGAGAUAGUGUGGACCUUCUUAGAUGAGAUCAACACGGCCAGCUGUGUGGGUCUUUUUCGAGAGCUUAUUUGUGAUCGCACUAUGCAGGGAACCCCACUGCCAGAGAAUCUGAAGGUUUUUGCGGCCUGCAACCCCUAUCGCUUGAAGCAGAAGUGGCACGAGACUGGUGGCUUUCAAGCCACAGACGCCGGCACAGGUGAACAACAGAUUGCCCCACUGACCGAUUUGGUCUAUGCCGUGUAUCCGCUUCCAGCAUCACUCAUCGCUUGCGCUUGGGACUUUGGGAUGUUGAGCACCGCCGAGGAGGAGCGCUAUGUGAAUGCCAUCCUCAAGUCCUUGCCAUAUGGCUCAAGCGAACCACGGCCUAUGCGCAAGUUGAUGGCCAUUGCGGUUCUGACAUGCCACAAGUUCAUGCGGAAAUGGGAUGUGGCAGCAGUAUCUCUGAGGGAUGUUGCCAGAGUCGCCAAGCUGACGGCAUACUACCAAACAAAAUUGGAGCAUCGUGACCCUACAAGUGACUCACUCUUGCUCAAGGCUUUCUUUGUGUCCCUGUGCCUUUGCUACUGGUUUCGGCUGAGCUCUGAACACCGCUCAAAGCUCCUCGAGACCAUCGAGUGGGAGUUUGGACGGGCGUGGACGGCGGAAAAGCUCUGGCUGGACGAUGGCCGGUGGCGUCUCAAGGAAGCAGUAGAAGCCUAUUGGCCGAACCUGCCAGAAGGGUGGUACAAGGCCUCCUUCAUUGAAGAGCUGAUUCAAGAGGAGAUGACGCACAUGAUCAACGCCCUGCUGCCCUUGCCGCCUGGUGUCGCUCCGAAUGGAGCACUUCGAGAGAACCUUUUUGUGAUGAUCCUUUGCAUUGAUGCACGGCUCCCUUUGGUACUUGUUGGGAAGCCCGGCUCCUCCAAGAGCCUGGCCAUGCAGAUCAUCCGUGACAAGUUCCACCGGGAAACCAAGCCGAGCAAGCUGUCACACUACCCAGACAUUGCAGUGUUUCCUUACCAGUGCUCCAAGCACAGCCAUGCGAAGGACGGGUCUCAAAGAGGAGUCGUUUAUAUACAAAGCUCAGACAUAGAGGGGCGAUUUGAAGAUGCCAGAAAGUAUGAACAGGAUCCUCAGGAGGAUCGACGGGGCGUGGUCUUCUUGGAUGAGGUGGGUUUGGCGGAGCGUUCGCCCAAUUUGCCUUUGAAGGUGCUGCACAAGCUUCUGGAGAUGCCCGAAAAGCAGGUGAGCUUUGUGGGACUUUCCAAUUGGGCUUUGGACGCUGCGAAAAUGAAUCGUUGCCUCCUGCUGUCGCGCGGGGACGCGAAAAAGGAGGAGCUACGCAGCACGGCUGAAGCCAUUUUGGGCGGUGCCGGUGUGCUUGUGGAGGAGUUGGACCGUUUUUGCUCGGCCUUCAUGGAAGUGUGCGUGCGCUUGGAAGAGGCGGGCUUUGCAAACUUUGUUGGCCUCAGGGACUUCUAUGCUUUCAUCAAGCUGCUGGACCGCAGUUUGGAGGGUGUUUUGUCCCCUCAGCUCUUCAUCUCUGCAGUGCAACGCUCUUUCGGAGGGCUGCCGGACCACUUGGCAGAGGUGGUCUUGGAGCCUUUCUAUCGGCACUGCCUGGGCAUUGGCACCUCUGUGCAACGGGUGGCUGUGGCCCAACUGCUCCAGGCAAACUUGGCCGAUUUGGCCGUCCCAGACCGCGCGCAGGUGGGCGCCCGGCACCUGAUGGUUUUUGGUCCCUCGGCCGCCACGGCGGCCCAACUCUUAGAGGAAGAGCUGGAGACGAUGGCAUCGGGCCGUCACGUGGCAGUGGUCGUCGGGUCCUCCUUCCCAAGGGAUCGUUCGGUGGGGGCGAUCUAUCAAAACAUUGCACGGAUCAAGCAAGCCAUGGAGACCGGAGGCUGCGUGAUGUUGGUUCAUGCAGAGGAUAUCUACGAGGCGCUGUAUGACAUGCUGAACCAGUUCUACACCCGUGCCCUGGGCCGUACUUUGUGCCGCCUGGCCAUUGGUGCUGAGAGCCGCCAGUGUGACGUCCACCCGGCCUUCCGCUGUAUCGUGGUGGCCGAUGCAGAGAAGGCCAAGAGCUACGAGGCUCCACUAUUGAAUCGCUUCGAAAAGCAACAGAUCGACUUCAGCAGCUUCUUACAUGAAGACCUCAAGGCUUUGCUGCCCCAACUGGACACCUGGAUGCAAGGCAUUGCAGGCGGUGUUUCAAUACCUUUGGUCUUCAUUGGCGCCUCAGAACACAGCUUGUUUGCCCUUCUUAUGGCUGCACAGCGCCGCCACAUGGCGGGUGCCGAGGCGCUGCGCUGGGUGCAAGAGCAGCUGCUCAGGACCUGCACAGCGGAGGCGUGGUGCCGCCAUGUGGUGCAAGGUGGAGUGGAGGUCGGUUGGAAAGCCUCAGCACACCGCUCAUUCCCUGCAUUCCUCAUGGAAGCAGACAGCCGAGGCUAUGUGUUGGAUUGGCUGCUGUACACCUUCAGCUCUACGGAGACAGCAUUGGAAGAGUUAAUCACGUGGGACGCCCGAGUGCUGAAACUGGCAUCAACAUCGUCAGAGGAAGACGCCCAGAGACAUGUGCGCAGCUUUUUCAAAGGCAUGCAAAAGGCCUUGGUUUUCCAAGUUACGCUCGAAGAAGGCAAUGAGGAGCUUUCACGCAUGAUGCAGCAUCUCAUGCGCAUGGUUGCAAAUGCUCGGCGUGAUAACCGGCACCCUUCCAAGUGGGUCAUUUUUGUUGCGCACAUUGUGAAGAGCAGCCGUGCCCUGCGCUUGCCGUUGCACUACUUAGGAUCUGGCUUUUCAGUGGCCUUGUUGGAUGAGCUCGCAGAGCCAAAGCCUUGGGAGGAGACGGUCCUGUCCCACACCGGUGGCGACUGGGACAGGAUAGUCUCGCAAGAGUUGCUGACAGACAUUGCAAGGAAGAAUGCUUGGAAGCUCGCUGCAAUGCCAAUGACCAGCGGCACAGAUGGCUAUAGUGAUGAAGUGGUGCAGCGGAUUCAAUUGAACAGGCAGCAUUUGCUCGAGCUGCUACAAGACCCAAAUCUCAGAGAGGAGCUGCUAUACUAUAGCUUGCACAGCUUGUCGCAGAUGGACCGCUUUGAUGCUGGUUGGCAGGCCAAAAUCAAGGACAGCGAGAUUUGUCGAGCAGGAUCCUUCAGGAGAGCUCAGAUCCGAUGCUUGGAGCUGAAGCUGACCACGCUGGUCGAGCGCUUUCUGAUGAUGGUGGCCGUUGGUAGCACAGGCCACAGCUUCUUCCUGCCACCGGACCUCCCACAGCUUUGGCAAAGUGCUCUCAGAAACGAGGCACUCAGGGAGGUGGCAGGAACGGCAGAGAUUGACGGCAAGCUGCUGCUCAGCAGUGUGGCCUCAUGCCGAAGCGACCUUCGCUGUCCCUUUGGGGUAGCCUGGCGCGCUGCGUUGGACGGGGCAUGUCGUUUGGUGCAGGACCACAUCCGAAGGGGCAUUGCAGUCAACUUGGGCAUUCAGCAACUGCGCGAGAUUUGCCAGCAGAAGGGCCUGCACAUGUCCAGGUGGCUUGAUGAUGGGGCCCUCCGUCUCUACGGUCGGGAUCUCUUGGUCUUCGCUGUGCACACAUCUGGCACCACAGAGCAGUUGGACCUGGAUAUGCUUUUGGAAGUGGCCUUGAGCUAUGCGCGGCACCUGGCGAGUGAAGCUGAGUUGGAGCUCUCCAUGGAGAUUCUGCACUUUGCGGUGAAGAAUGCAUGGCCAUUGCUGCCGCACAUGGCCAAGCUCUCGUCUUCAGGCUUGAGGACAUCGCUCCUUGACUUCCUGAGCUUUAACCCUGCUGUGUCCCUGGACCGUUUGGUGGCAUUUGUGCUUGGCAGCCUCACCACGGGCGAGGCGUGCGAUGCUUGCGUCGUCCAGCUCCAGGAGGCUGAGCUUCUGCUGCUGGCAAUGAGCCAGAUUUGUCAGUUGGAAGGUCAGCCCACAGGGGAACUCGAACGGCAACGACGAGAUCUCUCAUUCCUGAAGUUGGCACUUUGUGGACUAGUGCUGCCACUGCGCCUGAGGCUUUCGCUGCAGGACUUGCACGCGACAUUCUGCUCGAUGCAAAGUGGGCAGCUGCAACUGAAGGAGCUUGGCCAAUUGCUCAUGGUGUUUCAUCCCAAGUCAAGAGCCUGGUCUACGAGACUCUGGCAGUGGGCCACUGGUGAAGAUCCGAAAGAGGUCGAUUUGUCCAUGGUGCGGGAGUUCUUGAGUUCAACCAUAGCACAAUCACCUGGUCUGGAGGGCGAACUGGGCAUGGCCAUAUAUUUUGCUUUGGGCCGCGUGAUCGCCAUUGAUGAUGAUCUACUGAGUGCAGUUCGAUGGCUGGAAUCCUGUGUCGGUGGCUCAUUGCUGAGCAUCUCAACCCGGAUCCAGCUGGCGCGACGUUUGCUGUCCAGCACGCCAGAGGUGACCCUGGCUCUGGAAGCUGUGGUGGAGGAUGAAUCAAGGAGAGUGGGGCAUAGAGAUCAUCAAGUCGCGGCCAUCCUGCUCCAAGCUUGUCAAGAGGAACUGGAAUCCAGAGGAACAUCAUUGAAUGACUUGCGUUGCCACCUGAGUGGCCUCGUCACGACCGGCCUAAACUUUCUAUGGGCUAUGGCCGCCGCUAGAAUGAUCCUCGUGAAAGCGGCGGAGACGGUGAGGAGACAAACGCCACAUCUUGAAACAUCCGAAAGUGCAAUGGAACUGCUACAGCUGGAUGCAACUCCUUCGCGAAGGGCCUUCGAAGUCUUCUUGGCCAAACAAUUGAACCUGGAUCGCAUCGACCUGGCUCGCUUGCAGCGUCAAAGCGACACUUCGGAGCUGUGGCGCUUUUUGAGAUUUCCAGCCAUUCUCGAUGGUUUACCUCCACCCAGCACCUUGGGGCAUGAGAUCUGCCCCAGCGAUUGCCUGCUGAGUAUGCUCGGUGACGAGUAUUCCACUUUGAAAGAUGCUAUUUUGAGUCCCAGCACUUCUUCCAUGACCGGCAGAGCUGGACCAGUGGCUACGGUGAUGGCUGCCUUCUCCACAGCUUUUUUGAGCCACUUCCGACGCCAGCACCCCAUGCCGGCAGCUCGCGAGCUCAACCUCCAGCAUCGGGAGUUGAGGACCUUGUUGGAUGCAAUGUUGCAGAACUUUCCUCGCAGCCCUGGCUGGCAGAUCCAUGGUAAUACCACACCGGAGUGGGUGUUCAUGGUCCGCCCCAUCAUACAUAUGGCAGCAAUGAGCCAAACCGAUGCAGAACAGAGCCUUUGGUGGCGGAUAUUUUCGUCGCCUCAGGAUUUGCAACGCUGCUUGUGGCCCUUCAUGCCUGAAGAUGAAGCAGCUGCUGCUUUGGCAGCCCUCAGAGAGAACGUGAAGAUGUACACGUGUCGCUGUGGAUUCCGGUAUGCCGUUGGAGAAUGUGGCCAGCCCAUGGAACAAAGACGCUGCCCAGGCUGCAACCAACAAAUUGGGGGUCGGGAACACCGACCUGCAGCUGGCAACCGGAGGGUGGACCAGGUAAACCAGGCCGCAGCCAGACCUGGUUUCUUAGACACGAGGCACGAAGGCGACAGACAAACCUGUCGUGGUCUGAACGUGGAUCAGUUACGUUGCGCGCGGUACUUUUUGCACGGGCUGUUGAGCUUGGGUUGUGGAACGCGCUCGCAAAGUUUUGGCGGCUUGUCCGCAGCGGACCUGAUGGAGCGCAUGAAGGGAGACUGGCAGGUUCUGAGGACGCUCCACGGUUGGACCCCCGAACGUCUCUCUGAGAGGUUACACGUGUUGGUUCUCCGCGGCUACUGCUUGAGCUGCCCACACUCCACUUUGCGCCGGGAGAGCUUGGAACGGGACUGGUCACUGUUUGUGGGUGCUGCCCAGAGCACUGCCUUUACGAACAUGAACCGUGGCCGUAGCCCAGCAGAAGAGAAGCUAGCCGAGGAAUUGGAGGAGUCUCAGACCAUCAGCUGCUUGGCUUCGCGAGAACGUGAGGCCAUGCUGCCGUCGCUCCUUCGAAGGUGGACGCCGUUAGACAGUUUGCACAUGCAGGAAGAUCUACGUUCCGACCCAGCAUUGAUGGAGAAGUAUCAGCUGGUGUUCGAAGUCGUGAAUUCGGAGACAGAUCUUUUCAUUGCCUCGCAAUUGGAACCCAUUGUGUCGUUUCAGAACUUCCUUCUGGGGCGCUUUCAAGGCCGCUGGAGCAAAGUGGAGGCCCAGAAAUUGAAUGUCGAGCAGGUGUUGGAAGAGGUGCCAGCAGAUCGGGACCAAGCCGCAAAGCUCUUUGCUGCUGCCCAGAAGGCCUGGAACCUUGUUGCGCCCCAAGUGGACAGGUUUGAAUGCCAAGACAUCCAGAUCCCACAGAUGUCCGAGAACCCGCAAGAGGUUCCAAUCAUGUGGUGGCUACGCAGCGAAAGUUCAGACUGCCCCCAGUCUUUGAAGAGCUUGGUGUUGCUACGCUGGCUGGUGGACAAGCAUAAUGCAUGGUUGACCCAUGCUGCGAGAGCUCCAGAGAUGCAACACGAUGCAAUCCAAGCGCCUUGUUGUUUGACAGACGCCUUGCAGCCCUACUUCUUGCAUUAUGAGCAAGGGAAAGUGCAGCUGUGGGCAAAAGAGGCUACCCAGGUGCACUGUACUUCAAAGCCAGAGCGCUUUGACUAUGCCAUGGUGGCUGGUCGCGUGCACGAACUGUUCAUGGGCGCUCGGCCAGUGGAUCGCGACCGGAUCGAGAUGUAUAUCUUCCGCUCUGAAGGCCGUGCAGCGCGCCCACAGUUCCAGACAUCCUUGUCAGAGGCUGGGCAAGAGCUUCUCCUGCGACUUCUGAGCACCGGACCCCAGCAGGACAAGUGUUUGCAGCUUCUUUUGCAGAUGGAGGCUUGGCUUCGGGUGGCGCCUAGGAACGAUGGCAUGACCGCUGCGGAGUUCGCACGGACCAAGAUGCCGGGCCGGUGGUGUGUGGGGUUGAUGGGUGGACACCUGCAGGCUUGCAAGGCCAUUCUCAUGCGGACUAGUAUCCACAAGCUCUAUAGGUGUUCACUGGAGGUAUCGGGUUUGAUCAGCCAUGUCGGCUAUGCCACACACCGGCAGCUGUCAGCUUGGGAAAGGAGGUUCAUCCUUCACCAGUGGCCUUCCCCGAAAUGUGGCGAUCGGGAUGUGUACAGUACCCUAUGCUUCUUCAACACGUCGAUUUGUGGAGUUGUGCCUUUCGGGAGUCAUUGUUAACUCACCUAAACAUCAAUAAGCUGCCUAAACUAAGAGAUGCUUGACUGACCGGCUAACCUUGAUUGUCUUUCUCAAGUUGCAAGUAGUUGGACCACGGUGCGUAGCCGUGGAGUUUCAUGUUCAUUUUUUUUGGGGGGCUAUUUACAGGUACUGUAUCCUUGUUUUCGAUACAGGCUAAAUUUAUAACCAGUGUGAAGGUGAAACGACAGCUCUCGUAAACUCAAUGCCGGAAACUCGGACUACAAUGUCCCCAGUGUCACGGCUCGCAGUUUUCUUGUUGCUGUUUUUUGCGGAUCUUGCUUAUGAACUUGAGUGAGGGUAGGCCAGCAAAUCUAAGGACCACACGGCCACGCACCCGACCGAUUCAAACAAGAAACGAUAAGGCAAAGCUGAAACUGUUCUUUUGAAACUUCUCGCAACAACCGUGCAAGUUAUUUGUGUUGUUUUCCCUUGUUUGUUCACUUCCUUGUCCUUCGUUUUGUUUUGAGCUGUCGUCCUUGUGGAGGGUAAACGCCGUUUCAUUUUAGGGCCAGUUUUUAGUUGUCAUGGGGCCCGGGGCGAGAGUUUUUAAUUGAAGAGUCUUAGAGUACAUGUACAUCUACGCGUGCAGGCGGCAUCAAUUGCGAGACUCUCUGGCAAGUUUCCUUAACUCACAACGAGCUUCCAUAUGCGUUUGGUUCUUGAAAAGCAGAGUAGUUUGAGGAAUUUUGAGCAUUGCCACAAAGAUGCAAAAUGUACUUCUCACCCUCAUCUUACACUCUCCCAAGUCAGGUUGAGGCCUCUACGACACCGGUCAACAAACAUUCAGAAGGUCGGUCAAUCUAAAGGCUUACAAAGUCUGCAGGAUCCAACAAUUAGACAAAACAUCACGGUCGUCUAUGAGCCGUGGACCUAGUUCAUCCAUUUUCGAGGGAAGCUCGAACAGACAAAAUGGUGCCUUUGUUGAGACCCUUCGUCGGACAGAAGAGGCAUGUGGCUGUGGCAGAGCUGCCGGAGGCCCUCGACGCAUUGCUGGUGUCGCAGGUGAGUGCAGCCAUCGAGUGCUUGGAGGACGCUAGCGCCAACCCGCUGGAGUCGCUACACCCUGACUACCGAACGGAGGAGCUCUCCCCGGCGGCCAACGCGGAGCUGGCGGCGCUGUCAAUAGCUGAUCGCAGGGAUUUGAUACAAACGUUGCGUCAAUUCUUACAGACCUACUUGGGAGAUCUUCAAAAGCCUUAUCCUGAAAGCACGGAGCUUGUGGAGUUUUGGCGGGUUGAGGAAUAUGCUUGGGUGCCAGCUUUAGCAAGAACCGGACUGAAGUUAUCUUGCUUUGGCCCAGCAUAUCAGGAGCUUCUCCGCAUGUAAAAUGGAGCGUUUCAUUUGGUCCCACGAUGAUCACACCAUGAUCUCAACACGUUGUCAUUUGCAGAGUGCGUGAUUGCCAAGCUCGGAGUGAUUCAUGCACAUCUGUUCCAGUUUUGCGCUUGUCCAUAUUAUGGUUCGAAGUUUUGACAGCAUGUUCAACGGAAGGAC